CUUUAAAGCCGGGAGAUGGCGGUAGGGCACGAGGCGGAGCGGCGCGUGCUGCCAAACCCCAGCAGAGGAAGCCUCUGAAGCCUCCGAAGCCUCCCACAGCCUGCAGGUCUCGCUCCGCGCCAUGCCACCUUCCUCAGACCUCGGCCGGGCGCUCUGCAUCAUCACCGGCGCCUCCAGGGGCUUUGGCCGGGCUGUAGCCAGGGACCUGUCCCGGCUGGUGCAGCCCGGCUCCGUGCUCGUGCUCGCGGCCCGCUCCGGUGACGAGCUGCGGGCUCUGCAGGCGGAGCUGACCGACUCCGAGGCGGGUAGAGCCGGCCUGAAGGUGCAGGUGGCGGUGGCGGACGUGGGCCGGACGGAGGGCCUGGAGGCCAUCAUCCGGUCCUCCGCGGAGGCUUUUUCUGAAAAUAUAGAUCGAGUGAUCCUGAUCAACAACGCCGCCUCUCUGGGCGACGUGUCCCGCUUCACCCGGAGCUUCACCGACAUGGCCGAGGUGGACUCCUACCUGUCCCUGAACGUCAGCUCCUCCCUGUGCCUCACUGCCCGGGUGCUGCAGGCCUUUCCUGGGCGCGGGGGCCUCAGACACACCGUGGUCAACGUCACGUCCCUGUGCGCCCUGCAGCCGUUCCGCUCCUGGGUGCUGUACUGCACAGGCAAAGCUGCCCGCGAGAUGAUGUUCAGGGUGCUGGCUGAGGAGGAGCCAGAGCUGCGGGUGCUCAACUACUCCCCAGGACCUCUGGACACUGAAAUGCAGCAGGAGGCCCGGUCCAGGACAGCCGACCCGGAUGUGAAGAUCGCCUUCUCAGACAUGAAGACCCGCGGCCAGCUGCUCACCUGUGAGGAGUCCUGCGCCAAGCUGAUGAAGGUGCUGCUGGAGGACGGCUUCAGCUCGGGCGCUCACAUCGACGUGUAUGACGUGUGACGGCGUGGAGCAUCACGCACACCGGGGGGAACGGUUCCGGAGCCCUCAGAACUAACGCUUCAGGCUGAAUGUCCUGUCCUAAAGUGUCUGUCAGGCUGCAGCUGUCGUGUUUGGUGCAGUUCUUGAAGUUUAAAUCUACUUUUAUCUUCUGAACUGAAAUCUUUUCUCAGCCGGAUCUUCUUCCUGGAAUCAUUCCUGUCCCGUUGUUUGUUAAAAAAAAGAAAUUAUUGUGUUAAUUAUUAGAUGUCUAAUUGUUUCUGUAAAAUCUAUGCUUUUCAAAGCUUUCAGGGGCCUUACUUGUAAUCCAUGUUAAAGUAAUCUGAUUACUGUGGUCAGUAAUGUGAUUAUUGCUGCUUUGGUGUCACAUUAUCUUACAUUCCUAAACUUUAGAUUUAGGUUUUUUUUUAAACUGAAAUUACUAUUUACAGUCGUAUAUUUUUUCAACUCUGUUCUUAGUUGCAAAAAUAAAAACUAUAGAAUCAGUUCAAAUAGAA